ACUAUGUCUAAUUAUAAAAAUAUUGGACAAAUUAGACCAAAAAAGUGGAAUAUGUCCAAUUUGGUUCCAAUUUACUACAACAAUUCCAAUUGGCACUUGGGCACUGGAACGGUCCAGCCUAUAUCUGGAAGUAGUAACAAUUGGAACAGUCCAAUAAAUUGA